CGGCGAUGGCCGCGUUCGCCGGGACGCCGCAAAGCGAGCAGACCGAGGCAGCGGCGGGAGGAGGGGCUUGGUUUCGCAUUGCGGCUAGAGAGGAGCUGGAGCCGCUGCUGGGCGAGAGCCGCCGAACGAUUGCAGCUUGCUGGUGCGCAGCGGUGGCUUGCAGAAAUCCCGGGGCAAACGCCCGGCCCCUCGGGUAGUCCGAGCGCCCGGGAACGAGAGUGGGCGGAGUGGGAAACUCGCCGCCGCGGCUGCCGCUAUCUAUUCAUUCAGGCAGUCACCUAAAAUGGCUGGAGAGAGCCGAAGGUGGUGGCGGUGGAGGGGAAGCUGAAGCCGCCGCCCCCUUAAAACGUGCAGCGCCCCUCUUCUCCUUCGUGGUGCGCAGGGCUGUGUUUUGGGGGCGCUGAGAGGCACCCCUUCUCUCCCCGUUUGGCUUUGCGGGUCUUUUUCAAAGCCUCUUACUCCAUGGUUUGCUCUUGUCUCCGAGCUUGCGUUUGCUUCAGCCUCUGAACCAUGUCGACCGGCCAAGACGAGAGCUCCGUCCGAGUCGCCGUCAGAAUCAGACCUCAGUUAGCCAAAGAGAAGAUUGAAGGAUGCCAUAUCUGCACAUUGGUCACACCUAGUGAACCUCAGGUGUUCCUAGGAAAAGAUAAGGCCUUCACUUUUGAUUAUGUGUUUGAUAUUGAAUCCCAGCAAGAGGAAAUCUACUUACAGUGCAUAGAAAAAUUGAUUGAAGGCUGCUUUGAAGGAUAUAAUGCUACUGUAUUUGCUUAUGGUCAGACAGGAGCUGGUAAAACCUAUACAAUGGGCACUGGAUUUGAUGUUAAUAUAAUGGAAGACGAACAGGGCAUUAUACCACGAGCUGUAAAACACCUGUAUAAGUGUAUUGAAGAAAAAAAGCAUGCAGCUAUUAAACAAGGGCUUCCUCCUCCAGAAUUUAAAGUGAAUGCUCAGUUCUUAGAGCUUUACAAUGAAGAAAUACUUGAUCUGUUUGAUUCAACACGUGAUAUUGAUUCAAAGAACAAAAAGUCAAAUAUCAAAAUCCAUGAAGAUUCAGCAGGAGGAAUAUAUACAGUGGGAGUCACAACGCGGACUGUGAACGUAGAAGCGGAGAUGAUGCAAUGCUUGAAGCUGGGUGCUUUAUCUCGAACUACUGCCAGCACACAGAUGAAUGUCCAGAGCUCACGUUCACAUGCCAUCUUCACUAUCCACUUAUGCCAGACUAGAGUUUGUCCUCCACUUGAUGCUGACAACAUGACAGACAACAGAAUAAUAAUGGAGUCAUCUCAGCUCAGUGAGUUUGAAACUCUUACUGCUAAGUUUCAUUUUGUGGAUCUGGCAGGAUCUGAACGAUUAAAACGUACAGGGGCAACUGGAGAGCGAGCAAAAGAAGGCAUAUCUAUCAAUUGUGGACUCCUGGCAUUGGGCAACGUAAUAAGUGCACUGGGAGAUAAGAGUAAGAAGGUGACUCAUGUACCAUACAGAGAUUCAAAAUUAACACGACUAUUGCAAGAUUCUCUUGGAGGGAAUAGCCAAACAGUCAUGAUAGCAUGCAUAAGUCCUUCAGACAGAGAUUUCAUGGAAACGUUGAACACUUUAAAGUAUGCAAACCGAGCAAGAAAUAUCAAGAAUAAGGUGAUGGUAAAUCAGGACAGGGCUAGUCAGCAGAUCAGUGCUCUGCGAAGUGAGAUUACUCGAUUGCAGUUGGAACUCAUGGAAUAUAAAACGGGUAAAAGGAUUAUUGAUGAAGAAGGCGUGGAAAGUAUUAAUGACAUGUUUCAUGAAAAUGCCAUGCUGCAGACAGAAAACAAUAAUCUGCGAGUCAGGAUAAAGGCAAUGCAAGAGACUAUAGAUGCUCUCAGAGCUCGAAUCACACAGCUUGCAAGUGAUCAGGCCAACCAGAUCCUUGCCAGAGCAGGUAAUGUGUACUUUUAUCACUUAAAUUGCUAUAUGAGUUAAGGUCUGUAAGAAAUGCUAGUUGUUUGCUAGAAAAAGGAAAGAGUUUAGCUUUCUAUGCAAUUAGCAAUUACGUGAAUGUUGCUUUUAAAGUAAAUAGCU